AUGAAAUUAAAUCAUAUACUUCCAUUUGUGUUUACAAUUGUUUGUCGCGCUGCUCCAGCCUCUAGUUCAUCUAUUAGCGUAGAUGUAACAGUUACAAAAUAUGUCGACAGUUCUUCUACUGCUUAUGAUUGGUCAGAAGAUUGGAUCAAAAAUUUCCCAAUCCAUAAGUCAUGUAAUGACAGUCAGUUUAAUCAAUUGAGUAAUGCUUUAGAAGAAACUCAAAUUUUAGCUGCGCAUGCCAGAGACCAUACUGCAAGAUUUGGAAACCUGUCUAAAUUCUACCAAAAGUACUUUGGUGAUGCUCCAUCUGGGGAAGUUGUUGGUUGGUUCGAAAAUAUCGUUAAUUCGGAUAAAAGCAAUACGUUAUUUCGUUGUGAUGAUAUAGAUGAUAACUGCAAACUAGAUGGCUGGGCCGGUCACUGGAGAGGAGAAAAUGCCUCAAAUGAGAAUGUUAUUUGUGAUUUAUCGUAUACAUCUCGUCUUUAUUUGUCUCAAAUGUGCAGCCAAGGUUACACAGUUUCAAAGUCAAAGAAUUCAUUAUUUUGGGCAGGUGAUUUGUUGCAUAGGAUCUGGCAUACUGAUAGUAUAGGUCAAGGUGUAGUGGGACAUUAUGCUGAUACAUAUGAUGAAUGUUUAAAGUUGGCAAAAACAAAUACCACUGAAGCUGUAAGAAAUUCUGCCACAUUGAGAUAUUAUGCUUUAGAUGUCUAUGCAUAUGAUAUAGCCGUUCCUGGGAAAGGUUGUACCGGCGAUGAAAAUAAAGAUUCAGAGGACAAUAGUUCGUCUACGACAGACGCAAGUAAAUCGUCUUCAGAGGCUGAAGAGGGAACCGAAUGUCAUACUCAUUCAAAUGGUGAAACACAUUGUUCUUAA